CUUAACACAGGAAUCAUUGGUAGACAGAGUUGUGUAAAACAAAUAAGGUAGGGAAGAAACUUGUUAUUGAAUAUAUGCACCUGGACAACAACAUUUGUUACAAUGGAUUCUUACAGUUUUACAUAAUAGGAGCAAGCUCUAAUGUGUCAAUGAAGAAAUAUAUUUAAAGGCAAACAACAUGACAAAAUCUACCUGGAAGUGAAAGCAAAUAUUUAACUGCACAAGUUUUUGAAGUAAAACAAUAAAAGACCAAGAAUGUUUUUUUUUAAGCCACAAAACCCCUUGAGAAAAGGUAGAAAAUCUGGGAUGAGCACAAUAUUUCGACCCAAAAAGUCUAGGAUUGUUAUAUUCUUUCUUAUAAUAAUUUUGUCCUUGUUUAAACAAGAAUCUCGCAAUUUAAUACUAAAACCUAUUUGGCCAAAGGCAUGGCAGCCAGUCAGCACAUUACAAGUGCUCAAAAUAAUGUUUUUUACAGAACCACCAAAGAAUGUAACCAGUAUUGAAUGUUCAAAUGAAAAAUCUCGCCCAGCAUUAUCUGAUGUACAUAAUAACGAACAAUGUGUACAAGCUCAAAAUCUCAAGUAUGACAAAAUUGACAUUCAAAGUAUUGAUGCCUUAUUUCGCCCUACAAUGACCUCAUCAGAGAGAUGUGAAAUUAUAUCCUUAUUUAAGAUGCUUGCAGCCUUGUUAUCAAAAGCAAACAUAAAUUUUUUCCUGGUCCAUGGCUCUUUACUAGGAGCGUACCGACACCAUGGCUUCAUUCCCUGGGAUGAUGACAUUGAUAUCACGGUCAAUGCUACUCAGUGGGAGAAUGUGCGUGAUGUACUCUCAUGUGUGGAGGGUUAUGAACUUUCCAUCAAUCCCAACAUGCAUUGGAAAUUUUUCAAAAAAGAUUCUCAUUUUCCUUUCAUAGAUAUCUUUUUCUUCACAGAGGAUGCUAACUAUGUUUGGGCCUUAACUCAUUACGUCAAUAAAAGCCUGACCUACAAGAAGACACUUGUCUUCCCACUAAGUCAUGGGCCUUUUGAGGAUUUUCUUGUCCCUCUCCCAGGUAAACUUGAGGCCCUUACCCUAACGGAAUAUGACCCUGAUUACUGUCAGUCCCCAAGUCUGUGCCAUAAAAAUCAUGUGUCAUACAAGGUGAUGAAAACUGUUCUAUGCUCUACUAUACCUGGGUACCAAAUGUACAACCUACGUCAGUAAUUAUCUAAUUAUCAUUGAGCAUGUAAAGCUGUCUAUUUUUACAGCAGUUAUUCUUUGAAGUUGAAACUAUGAAUCUGAAUUAUUGGAUGAUAUUAACAAAAAGAAAAAUCCUGCAGUGUUAAAGUCUAUAUAUCUAUUAAUUUAACAAGCUGAGUAUUACCAUAACCAGUAUUAUUUUAUUGUUGGAGUUACGUGUUAUAAAAUAGAAUCAAAGCAUUAAUAACAAAACCAAAAGAACAUUUUAAAACUAAUUUACAUUGAUUGCAAAGUAAAACCUGUAUCAGCAUUAUUAAUUAUAACAUUUUGAAGAUACAAAUAUUUUUAUUUAAUAUUAACUACAUGAAUAACAUGAAAUGCAAGUUAAGAUUUUUUUUUUAAAUUAUAUUUUGUUUUUAGUUAUUUCCUUUUCUUUUACCUUUUACUUCACUUUCUCAAUACCCCUUUCUAUAUCUAUGAUCAUAUACAGCACUUAAAAGCAUCUUUACUAAACAUUUCACCAACAUUUAGAAAAUAAUUACACUUACACCUCAACUUAAUCAAAUGAAACUGUCACAUUAUCUAAUGUAAAUAUCUGCAUUUGAGGAUGAUGAUCUCACAUAGAAUAAUAUAGAUGUAGGUCUGGCUGUGUGCCAUUGGUAAGCUUUUGAAGCUGUGUCUUAGUCUCUUUUAUGUUGAUCUAAUAGCUGCUAAGCUUACAUUUGGCAGGUAGAUUUUGUGUGUGAUGUUUAUUCAAUUUUUCUUUGUGAUAAUUGAAGGGUGUAAAAAAAAAAGAUCCAGCACAGUAGAUAUUAUAACGGAAAGUGCUCAUUCUGCUAUAUUAUCUUAACUUUUUCACAAUCAAAAACUGGAUAUAAUAGCAAACCUACUUAAAAUCACAGCAAAUAUGUUUGUGCAGAAAAAAAGCUAUCCGGUGAUGAUGAAAACUUUUAUAGUAACCAGCAAUUUAUAAUGUGUAAGCCUAUUUUAUUUCUGAAAUACAAAUGACAUUCAACUUAUUGUGAAUGUAGCUCCUGACAUUUCCCUUUAAUAUAGUUACACUAAAGGUCUCUGAAAAGCAUAAAUAAUAUUUAAAUAAAAACAAUUUAGGCUGUUUAAUAUUAAACUUACUGAUCUGAUUACAAAUUUCCAAAAUAAAUUUUUUACAAAACUUAUUUGUUUUUUUCAGGUCACAUUGCUUAUUAGUUUUGUGUACUUGCUUUUUUACAAGUUAAUGAAAGCUAAACUAGUUUUUUCUAGUUCUCCUUGUAUUUGUUUUUUGCCUAGUCACCCUAAGGGCCAUACUUUACAAUCUAAUCACAUUUAUACUAUACCUGUAUUUAUAUAUUUAGCAUGUUUUAAGCUUUAAGUACAAAUUAUUUUUUUGAAUGCUCACUGAAUUUGUGUUUUUUGAAAUUUUAAUAAUUACUCUUAUAACAUGAUCUACAGUAAUCUCAUUUUGUCAUUGGAAGUGCAAAUUAAAAUUUUAAACUGCUAGGUAUGUUGUUUUGAAAAGCUGAUGUGUUCAAUUUAUGAAUAAUUAGGCUACUAAUUAGUUUGAUUGAAAAAAAUGUGUGUGCCAUUUUACUUUGAGUGAAACCAAUAGAUUUUGUAUUGUAAACUGAGAAAAUUAAUUAAUUAUGUAUUGAGAUGGUUUAGCAAUUAAAAUGGUCUGAAU